AUAAAUUAAUAAUAGCAAUAUAAGUGUAUAACCUCAAAAUAACAGUAAUGUAAUUUUUUUUUCAAUGAAAAGUUUUCUUGUCUUUGAUACUAUAUAAUAAUAUAUAUACUAUAGAAAUAAAUAUUGUUAUUUACAUUGCUGUAAAGUUGCGAAGGUUAUUUGAAAUUAUAUUUUUGGAUAAAAAACUUAAUGUAAAAAAAAAUGCCAAAGGUAGUUUCAAGAAGUAUUAUAUGUUCUGAUACCAAAGAUCAAGAAGAAUAUGGUGAAGAAAAGCCAUUACAUAUUUAUUAUUGUUUAUGUGGUCAAAUGACAUUGAUUUUAGAUUGUGCUAUUGAAAAAUUACCACUAAGAAAAAGAGAUGGAGCGCGGGUCAUCGAUGGUAGUAAACAUGCUCAUAAAAUGACUUGCGAACAAGAUGAAGUUGUUUAUUUGAAACGUUCAGAAGGAAUAGAAAAACAGUAUCGACAAAAGUGUAAAAAAUGUGGUCUUUUCCUGUAUUAUAAACAUGAUCUUAGCAUGAAUAUUGUAUUUAUUGUAAAAGGUGCUGUAAUAAAAAGUUCUGGUGAAGGUCCAAUGACUGAUAUAUAUAAUCAAGUAGCAAUUGAAAAACCUAAAAAAAUAAUGGUAACGAAGCAUACCAAGAAUAUGGGUAAAUUUAGUUCUGUAACUGUAUCUACAAUAGAUGAAGAAGAAGAUGAAAUCGAAGCUAGAGAAGUUGCCGAUUCAUAUGCAAAUAAUGCACGAAUAAUAGAAAAACAACUUGAAAGAAAGGGAAUGAAUAAAAGAAAAGCGAUGCUACCAACUGAAACAAAUAUUAAACGGACAAGACCAAGAGGAACGUUAUUAGAUGUAUAGUUUAUCAACUAUUAUGUAUUCUGAUGUAUCAUAAUGUAUAAUGAAGUUUUGUAUUCUAAUUCAUAUUAUAAUUUUAUAUUAUAACUAACAUA